UGACUCUCGCCACUCUCUCUCUCACCGCCCACUGUCUCUCUCGCCUCCCUCUCUCUCUCUCUCUCUCUUUUCUCUCUCGUCUACUCUUGCCCAUCGAGACUUAUGACUAGGGUAUAGUCGUUUGUCGCCGUUGAUUUCGUUUUUCACCGCCCACGCUCUCUGUCACCUCCCUCUCUCGCUCUUUUGUCUCUCGUCUACUAAUAGCUCAUCGAGAUUUAUGACCAGGCUAUAGUCGUUCGUCGCCGUUGAUUUCGGUUUUAGGAGCAUUUUGAUCACCGUUGGCGUGCGUGACGUAAAGCGGCAGUCGCACCCAGUCGCACAGGUAUGUCACGUAGUAGCGGCGCAGUCAUCAUCAUCGUCGUCACUUUGCUCCGGUGGUAAGUGGGCGGGGAUUGGCUGCCAUUGCGCGUCCGCAGGUCUUCUUUAUUUUUUGACAUCCUGCUGUCGAGAGCACUGGAUCGGUGUGUGUGUGUGUGUGUGUGUGAGAGAGAGAGAGAGAGAGAGAGAGAGAGAGAGGAGGGGAAGGGAGGAACGGCUUAGGGCAUCCGCAUGUCGACUGAAUUAGAACGUAAAUGUGGUCAGAUGCAUCCAGAAACUUCGGAGCGUGAAUACGCCCUGACUCACCGCCAGUGCGUCUUCGUUCGUAGCUAAAUGCCGUCGUUGUUGUGCGCCACGAGCGAUCGCCAUCGCUAUGCUCUGAGGUAGAGAUAAAAGGGUCAAGGGGCGGGCUAUCGCGUUUGCAACGUGUCUUGUUGGCACCUGGAGUGAGUUGCUCCACUCACAGGAGGCAGAGGGAGUCUCUGUUUCCCUCUCUCUGUCUCUGUUUCCCAAUCGGUCUGCUUCUCUCUCUGUUUCCUUCUCUCUGUUUACGCAAUCUCUCUUUGUGACUGACUAUCUGUGAGUGACAUAUCAUCAGCGAUCGGUGUCAGUUCUCUCUCCCCAUGGCGGCCUACCGCGGACAUCAGCCGUUAAAUGGCGCGAACUCAUCAUCGAGCCGUGUUAUAUGCUACUUAACUGUGCUGCCUAUUUUUCUUGCGGCAUUUGCGUUCUUUUUGUCGUGGAAGGGAGAAUAUAAUGAUCCGAACAUAAUCGACAAGAUCUGGGCGGACGGAGAGGGCCAAUUAGAUUCACCAAUCUGGAGGAAUCCUCCUGGACCCUCGAAUACAGUUCGAUGCGAAACUCGCGGUGGAGUGAAGUUGCCGACGUACCCCCAGCGAGCAAAUUGGCGCGCACCGGUUAAACAGAAUCCUGGGCCGAAGAUUUCUGUGACAACAAGUACAUCUGGGAGUGUCGAGCAACUGGUCCCAUGGAUCCUCUACCACAAGACGCUGGGAGUGGAUCAGUUCUACCUCUUUGCUGAAGGCAAGGCUGCAGCUCCAAAUGCGACUUCUAUAUUACGGAGGAUUAAGGGUGUGAAAGUCAUUGUGAGAGACAAGGAACUUGAAGAGUUGCAAGCAAGGAGCCGUAUCUGGAAUGAAACAUGGCUUUCAAGUUUCUUUUACCGGCCUUGCAACUAUGAGCUCUUUGUAAAGCAGACACUUAACAUGGAGAUGGCCAUUGCAUUUUCACGGGAGGCAGGAAUGGAUUGGAUUCUACAUAUAGACACAGAUGAGCUGAUGUGGCCUGCGGGUGUGGAGGACUUCUCGUUGAAAAAACUGUUUCAUGAUGUAGAUCCCAAAGUGGACACGAUUGUUUUCCCGAACUAUGAGUCGGCCAUCGAAAGGGAGGACAUCAAACAUCCUUUUACUGAGGUUACCCUUUUCAAAAAGAAUUAUGACCAUGUUCCCAGAGAAGUGUACUUUGGCCACUACAAGGAGGCUACUCGUGACAAUCCUAACUAUUUCUUAACGUACGGAAACGGGAAGUCAGCAGCUCGGAUAAUUGAUGGCCUGAGGCCGAAUGGUGCUCAUCGGUUCCACAACUACAUUAAGCCACCAAAUGAGAUCAAGCACGUGGAGGGGGCUGUUCUUCAUUACACGUAUUGCAAGUUCUCGGAUGUGACCUCAAGGCGUGAUCGCUGCGGCUGCAAGCCAACGAAGGAAGACACAAAGAGGUGCUUCAUGCUCGAGUUUGACCGUGAAGCAUUCAUCAUAGCUAAAACGAGAACCAUUCCAGAGAUGUUCGAGUGGUACAAAAAGAGAGUUGUUUGGUAUGACGCGGAGGCAAAAGACAAGCUUAUCCGAAGGGGUCUUUUCAUGCGUAUAUUUGCACCACAGUUGAUCUUGCGAGGUUACGAGGAGACGGGAAUGAUCACAAAAGUGAUGACGGUAGGAGAUAUGGAAGACGAGGUCGACAUUCCAGGUAAUAACAGAAGUGAUGGUGCGACUGAUCGUGAAGAACUCGGGACCCCUACCGUGGAGGGUGGAUUGCGACCUCAUGCGGGCUUCAGAAAAGCUGAUCACAUCUUCUUAACAGAUGGCCAUGCUGCGAAACAGUAAUUGCUGAUCUGUCUGCGGAUGGUGGUAUUGUAUUUUGCUGGGUGCAGCAAUGUGCUCCCCCCCUUCCCCCCCACCCUCCUCCCUUCGGUCUCACUGGUUGAUCAUCAACAAGAGACGAGUUGCGUUGUCUUAUUUUAGCUUGGUUGUGUUCUAAGCAAGCCUGCGUUCGUUAAUAGUCCAAUACCUUUCCCGGCUUUGUGUGAUCUUUCUCUUCUACCCUUUGGUUGCACUGGAUGGUGUAUGGUGGGAAUGAUUGCGUAUUCUUUUGCCCGAGUCUUUGGGAGUAAAUGCAAUGAAUUGCCGCGCAGGUUUCUGCUGCCGUUUCCUUCCUUCUGCGGAAUGUGGUGCUCGGGUUUCAUUCAGGUACGCUUUGAGUUUUGUGAGCUUCCUAUGGAUCUAGAGUAUCUCAAGUUGCUCAAGAGCUUGUUCUUGAGGCUUUGAUAUAGAGUCUCUUCUCAUGUCGAGCUGCUUUCGUUCCUCUCAAGUUUCUCCUCGAGAGCAUUAUCUUGAGGUCCUCAUGGGAGGGUCCCGUCCAUCUCGAGCUCCUUGCUUCCCUCGUCCCAGUUCUUUGUGGUUUUCAUAUUUCGCGUUCUGUUUUUCUCUCGUGCUGAGGGCUUUGUGAGUUUAUUACAUCUUCAUUUUCUGGUCGGGACUUUGUUCUCAUCUUCAGCUCCUCUUCUUGAGUUUGUCGAGUUUCUCUUCUUCGAGUUCGCUAUCUUCAGCUUCUCUUCUUCGAGUUCGCUAUCUUCAGCUUCUCUUCUUCGAGUUCGCUAGCUUCAUCUUCUUUUCUUGAUACUUUGAGGAUCUCCUCGUCUUGAGGUCAUCAAGUAUGUUGAGUUCCUCGUGUUGAGUUCGUUGAGUUUGUCUUCUUGAGUUCGCCAGGUUUCUGAGCUUGAGCUUCUCGUCAGAAGUUCGUUGUCACCUGCAGUUCAUCGAUCUCGACUUUCUUCUUGAUCACUACCCUGAGUCGCUCCUCUUGAGUCUCUGGUUCUUCUUGAUCUCGAUUUCUUCACGGUCUCCGAAAUCCUAUUUUUUUGCAGGGCGGCUUCCGGUCGUCCUCUGCACCGUAGAGGCAGUUAAAAAUGCGUCGCGAGUUUCUUGAGUUUGCGUACCGUCUCAGGAAUCCUGUGUUGUCGGUGCGCUCGGAGAAGGAUGUGCUCUGCUCGUCAGUGCUGUGAGUGGAUGCGUAUUCUACUAUGCGUAGAAAUUUGAGUUUCUUAGUCCGACUCAGUACUGAUCCUGCUGGUAUUUCCUGUGUGUGGAAUCGCCAAGUUAGGAUUGUAAUUUAACUGAAGAUGUCUGUCGCCGUGCGUUGGGAAGUUACGGUUCAUCCGUAAGGUGAGUUUUUCCUUCUUCAUGAUGCACGUACUAAUGAGGUCGUGCAUUGAAGUUCUCGAGGCACAAAUGGGUUUUAUCAUUUGUGAAGCUUUAUAUCAAUGGAAUGGAAUGGUGAUGAGCAAGGGCGCUGUUCAGUCUUGGCCGGGAAUACUGCAUUCAGUUCCUGAAUUGGCAUUCACAUAAUCCGUGGUGUUGAAUGAGCCGUAAACUGGAUUCAGUACUUGGAGUGGCUUUCAUGUGUUUUGCAUAAUGUGCUGAAUGAUUUGUCGGUCGUGGAGUACACUCAAUGUGGCCGGCGGACACAACAGCCGGUACUCGGCUUGGCAUUCGUCGUCCCUGGCGUUGUCUGUUCGGUCAUGAUGACAGUGCACGUGGUUCUUUAGAAUGCUGGAGCAUGAUCGUAAUGCGAGAUGUUCAGAAUAUGAAUGAAGGUCAGCACGCUUU